AUGGCUGUUAUCAAAACUCUGAUCCUCAUUUCCGUAAUCAUAUCACCAACGAUGAUGAUGGAACAUGGCGAUAAUCCCGGUAAUUAUUUUUUGCCACUGUGAAAUUUAGAUAUAACAUCUAUUAUUAUUCCUUCAAAAUAUUUCCCCAAUUCUGAUUGGCUAAAAGCACACGCAUAAUUCACCAUAACCAGUUACUGAUGACCAAAUUUGGAAGAAUUUUGACUUUAACGAGGAAAUGACGUCAAAACUGCAGCGUUCUUAGAGGUUAAGGCACCGUGGGAACGAGUCUGAGUUGUUUUGGUUGUGAAAAUAAAAAUGGCGGACACCUCACUCGUUUCACGAGUAAAAACUACAGCUGGAACUAGGCGAAAUUAUUGCUAAAAACAUGGCAAGAACAGCAAGAACACAACUCUUAGGGCGACAUCUGCCAUUUGGAGAAUAUUUGCGGAGCUGAACAACCCUAAACGUGCACUAUCGAAGGUGAACUUAACAUCGAUGGAGGUAAGUUUAGCUUUGUUUUUAAAAUAGGAAUUAUUUUGAAUGAAUAAUAAAACAAUUCUUGAAUUCGGCUUUCGUAUCAUAUGAAGAAUUAUGGAGAUCUCGGAUGGUGUUAUCUCGGAGGGUUUUGAUAACACCCUCCUCGAUCUCCAUAAUUCUUCAUAAGAUACUCAGCCUCAUUCAUUAAUUGUUAAAUAAAACAUGAACUGAUCAUAAUUUUCAGUAACAAACUUAUAAUCCCAAACGGAAUAAAAUGGAACAGUAAACCCCUAUCCCCAAACCCUCCCCCCUCCUUAAUAAUUCAAUAAAGCGAUUCUUUGAAAGACGAGAGGAGAUAAGAUGUAAAUGGCAGCGGCUAAACUUUGCUUUUGUUUAUCAGACAGUUGGAAUUAUUGAAACUGAUGUCAUAAAAAUUCCGUUAUGAUUGUAAUGCGAUUAUGAUCUUAUUAAAUUAGAUUAAGAUUAUAUGAUCAUGUCCGGGGGGGGGGGCGUGAUUGUCUGAUUAGUGAUUGUAACUAUUAGACAAUAAUGAUAACGCGGGUCUUUAAUGGCCAUAACUGUUUUGCAGUUUGUUACCUGCCGAUAGGAAAAGAAGAAGACGAGAUAAGGAAGGAGGGGGAAAGGGUUAUAAAACUUUUCCAUGGAAUCGAGAGGGAGAUUGAACGAGGUUGCUCCUCAGGUGGGUGAAAAAGUCCUUGUCCUCCCCCCCCCCCCCCCCCCUGAAGGGGGGGCACUCCCUAAAAUGGCCUAUACGUGGAGGCUCCGCCCGACAGCGUAUGUCUUUAUUCCUCACUGACCAAUGAUGCUAGAGGUGCUGGGCACUGUUUCCGAAAAGUUACUUUGCCUUAAUCCAGGAUAAAUUCCAAACAGAUUGCUCUGGUUCAUUACGGCAACCUGUUUUCCCUGGCCACUUGCACUUACUCUACAUAUCUUCAUUUACUCAAAAACUUCAAUUUGUUUAGUUUUAGGAACUUUUUCCGUUGUGUCAUUGAAUAGGAACCGGCAGAUGACUUCUGAUUAAAAGAAGCUUGUUCCCGUUUUUAAAUGAAUAUUUUUUAACACCGUUUAUACUCAAAUAAAAUCACUCUUCUACAAGUAAAUCACGUUAUAAUAUGGAAUUAUAACGAAGGGCAUUUGAAUAACGAAAUUGAAUAUUACAAUCCCUCAACAGGAGCAGUGGCACCCGGAGGGAUGACGGAAAAAACGAUUCCUCUUCAGCCUGUAGUGCUUGUAUUACCUAACACACAGACAGUGAGAGAGAACCAGACUGCUACUUUUCACUGCUCGGCCAACGGCAACCCGCAGCCUACGGUGACCUGGACCAAGGUGAACGGCUCCUUGAGAGAUGGUUCUGUGAAAGUGGGUCAUGGCAGGAGGCUUGAUAUAAUACACCCGACAUUAGAUGACUCUGGGCAGUAUAAGUGCACUGCAGUUAAUAUACUGGGGCGAGAUGAGAAAAUUGUUAAGCUUAUUGUUGGAGGUGAGUGGCUUCUGAAAAUUAACGCGAUUUUCGUUCUCCAUUUGAUUUCAAUUCAAACAGGAGCCAAGUCAGUGUUAACUUCAUUAGUUUCUGAAUUCACUGCUACCAGUAAUCGUCAGUUUAAUCACUAAAAGGUGUUUUUACUGAUCGACUCACUAGCAAUUAAAAAGUGAUGAUGUCCAGGUUUGAUUCGAAAGAAGGUCAGAAAUCAGAUAUCCUAAAAUGACACAAAAUCAAUUAUAUAAUAUUAUUGCUUGUCGUCUUUCAUAAUAAUAAUAAUAAUAAUAAUAAUGAUAAUGAUGAUAAUAAUAAUAAUAAAAAUUCUUAAAUUUAGAAAAUACUCUUACCCGCUUCACAAUUAUCAUAGUGAGGAUAAAAUUAAGAUAGAAAUAAAUUAAAUAUGUCAAUAGUCAAUCGCAAAGUGAACCAGUGUAAAUCCAAAGGAAAUACAAUGAAUUGUCUUUGAGGCUCGACUGAUAAACUCACUGACAAUUUUCUAUUUCACAGUUAGCCCGCGAUUCACCAGAGUCCCAGGACCUUUUCUUGUUAUAAAAGAAGAUGCAGUAGCAUCAGUUACUUGUGAAGCCUUCAGUUAUCCACCCUCUGUGGUCACGUGGACGGGACCUCUGGUAGCUUUGCCAAAGGGGCGGAGCAGUGUUACCAACGGAACAUUGACAAUUCAAGACUUCUCUGCUGUAGACACUGGAAAAUACGUUUGCACGGUGAAAAACAAACUUGGUUCAGUCUCGGCUGUCACUACCUUGAGUAUCCAAAGAAAACCAGGUAUUAAUUAAAACAAGCUGCAAGUUGUAUUUAAACUGCUGAACAGGCCCGAGUUUGGGAAUUUUUUCCAGAAUUUCGAGGAGUUAACUGCUUGGCCACCACCCCUCCACGGAAACACAAUACUUUUAUACAGCCUAAAAAGCAGUCGAACCUCUUUAAGCGGAUAGUACACGAUCAAUAUUUCCAACAGUUCAGUCUUUGUUUUGUAAUUUAUUUUAAAGGUAUCGAUAAAAUAGCGAGAGAAUAAAACCGGCGGUUACAGAAUCCCACAACUAGGAGCUCCUGGCGGGUAUUAGUAUAUGGAGCAAGACUCAACUGAGCACCGUUAAAAUUCUUAUGUAAAUAAGAGUACAUCAAAAUUAAACCAGUGUUAAACAAUGAGCAGAUUAAUUUUUCCUGCUUAAAGUUAAAUUGGUGUUGUUUACCUCAAUUUUAAGAUUCCUGCAAAGCUGCUUUGUCCAACCAUUCCGCAAGAAACGGAACAUAUGACUUAAAAGUAAACUCAAACAAAUUUCAGGUAAGGUUAAAAGUAUAAAACUUGCAAGCUUUUUCCCCAACUCCGUAAGCCCAUAUUUAUAAAAACACUACGUCUGAUUGGCCUUGAAAAAAGACAAUUAGUACUUUUUUUAUUUUCAUUUAGACAGGAAAAACCUCAUCUCAACUUCGAUUCCUGAAAACAUUUUUAUCUAUUGACUGUGAUCUGAUACGCCGUUGCCUCAAUUUUACACAGGUAUACUGUGACGUUACAGCCCAAGGUUCACACUGGACUCUUAUAGCAAGAUUUUCAAAUCGCGACACCAGGAACUGGAUGCAAGACGAUGGACACUGGUGGUAUGACCAAAACGUUACCAUGGGAACAACAACUGAUCCGUCAGUCAAUGCUGACAUGAUCUCGCCAGCUUUUUGGUUGGUCAGCGGUAGAGAGUUUAGGAUCACACGCAGUGAUGACUCCAGUCAUGCGCCACUGUUGCAGACCACAGGGAACUGUUUGGGAGAACAAACAUUUCGAUCAAAAAUAACAAGUUAUGGCGUCUUUAGAUAUCGCAAGGUUUGGUCCAGUUACAGGUGCCUGGGAAACUGCACCGUGAAAUAUGGCGGUCAGUACAAGACAACAGAGGGGUUUAAACAGGCUGAGUGUAAUGGCAGUCUCGCCAAGAGCAACAAGAUCAGCUUUUGGUGUCACUAUAGUAAAGAUGGAUCAGUAAUGAUGAUUGGUGGUGGAGGAAAAGGCUGUGAACGUGCUGAUCACGGGAUUGGAAUAACAGAAGCAAACCACGCUUCUUUCGAAGCACAAGGAUGGGUAGGGGAAUAUGACUUUGGAAACGACGCUGAAGAUUGGUUCGGGUCUCCAAAUGAUCCUUAUUCAUUAAACUUGUGGAUCCGUUGA